AGCAACUUUUAAGUUUCAACAGUAGUUUUUAAAUUUGAAAAGUAUUUGUUUUUUCCUUUCUCUUUUUGAAAAAGGGCCCAAAGUAACAUGGAACAACUUCAACAUUACCGUAAGAAAUAUGCAUUUUCAGUUUGAAACAUGGCAUAUAUUUCAAGAACAAUGGGCAAUAACAAACAGAAAUCUAAGGUUUUGCUAUUUAUAUGGUUGAGACCGAUUCCUUUAGAGCCGUGCAAUCUCUUGCUUCUACAUUUUUUAUUUUUAUUUUUUCACUCAAACACAUCUAUAUCAUAUGAUAAUGUUGCUUUACUCAGAUAAAUGAAUUGUAGUCCAUGUUGUCAUGUACCCUUAUGGGAAUAUGACCGCUCAUGUUGUUGUGUUCCUAGCGCUUGACAUGCCAUUUAGAAGGAUUGUAUGUCCUACUUUUUUUAUGACGUGAUUUGUGAUGAUUUGAAUUAGUGAAUGUUGAAAUUUUUUACUUGAGAAAAAAAAUUCAUCCUCCUUUUUGUUGUAACAUAAUUUCUAUAAUCAUCUUAGCUAACUAGGUUACAACCCGAUGCCAUGUUGCUUGAAACAAAUAGUACAAUCGGACAAAUCAGUCAGAGAUUGGACGGGAUCCUGCUCCAUUUGACCGCUUUGGACAAUAAUUCAUGCAAAAAUUAAUUCGAUUUUACCUAAAUAUGCGUCAAGCCGCUUUGGACAAUAAUUCAUGCAAAAAUUAAUUCGAUUUUACCUAAAUAUGCGUCAAGCUAUGAAGAUUUUACCUAAACGUAACUCGAUUUUACCUAAAUCUGUUCCUGUACUUAAAAUUCUCCGCCUAAGAUUCGGAGGAAGGUGAAGUGAAAUCAUUUUUCUUUGAGAAAAUUGAGAAACAGGGGAAUCGAAAUGGAUGAGGAUGGAUUGAAAGCGGUUCUGAGGGAAGCAUUUGGGGAUUCAUCCGAUAGCGAUUGCGAAUUGGGUGGUUCAAGUGAUGGAUUCGAAAAGUCUCAACCGAUUUUUGUGGAAAGCUAUACAUGGGAACCGAUUACUGAAAUCAGCGGCCUGUGGAUUUGCAGAGACUUUUUAUCGCCAGAUCAACAAUCCUCCUUGCUCUCUUCUAUCGAAAAAGAAGGAUGUUUUGCAGACGCCUCCCAUAACCAGGUGGAAUACAUUGAUGAUGUGUGGAGAAGAUUGACCAGACAUAGGACAGGACCACGAGCUGAUAACGUUAUUGUUAAUAAUAGUACUAUAUCAUGUCGUGAGGCAAUGAGGUUUGGAGAUCUUCCUUCUUGGGCUGUCGAACUUUCCUACAACGUCCGUGAAAGUGUACUAUCAAGUGGUUAUGUUUCUGAAUUGACAUAUGAAGAAGAAACAAUCGAUAAGGGUAAAGAAGCUUGUCUCUUUCCACCCAAGUUACUACAGAGGGAACCGCUUUUCAAUCAACUUAUAGUAAACGUUUAUCAACCAGGUGAGGGAAUUGGUGCACAUGUUGAUCUUAUGCGCUUUGAAGAUGGAAUUGCAGUAAUCUCCCUGGAGUCAUCCUGCGUGAUGCAUUUUAGUCGAGUUGAAAAUGAAGUCGACUGUUUUGAAGAGACGGGCAAAGAACCAAAGAUUCCUGUACUUCUAAUCCCAGGAUCCUUGGUCUUAAUGUGGGGAGAGGCACGUUAUAUGUGGAAACACGAAAUAAAUCGAAAGCCUGGAUUUCAAAAUUGGCAGGGCCUCGAGAUUGACCAGAAAAGGAGGACCUCUGUAACUUUGAGGAAGCUGGGUCAAAUGUGAUCCCACCCAAUAGAUUUUUUGUAUUGCUAAGCAGAAUUUUGAGGCAUUACAUUUUCGGCACAUGAACAUGUUUGGAUAAGCUAUAAGCUAUUAAGUUUAAGUUUACUCAUAUGACCAGAAAAGGA